AUGGCAGAAGAAAAAUUAAUAGAGGCAGUGAGGGAACACAGAGAGCUGUAUGACACAAAACACGCAGACUACAUGAAGGUCAAACUCAAGAACCGGAUUUGGAGUGAUAUAGCAAAGGAUCUGAAUUUGAAAGACGGGGAAGAGACAAAAAAUUCAUGGCUGAAGCUGAGAGGCAGCUAUCGAGAUGCACGACGACGACAGGUGAAAUAUAUGAAAAGCGGAGCUGCUGCUGAAAAUAUCAAGCCGUGGAGAUAUCAAAACCAGAUGUCAUUUCUUGAACCUUUUAUGACAGCUGGUCCACGUGAUAGUAAUCUAGGUGAUGACAGUGACCACAGCUCACAAGCUACAACUAAAACAUCAGCAAGAAGUCAUACACUGGAAACCGAGGAAUUAGAAGAUAACAACUCACUCGACAAUGAGGCGAAUGAGCAAAGUCAAGAUAUUAAUAACUACGACAGCAACGAAGUAUCUAUGGACACAUACGUUCACAUUGCACGCGUCGUAGCUAUAACGAGGGAUGCAUUGAAACUGUUGAAAUAUUAA